AUGGCGAGCUCCGGACUCGCCUACCCCGACCGCUUCUACGCCGCCGCGGCCUACGCUGGGUUCGGAGCCGGCGGGGCCACAUCCUCCGCAGCUAUCUCACGCUUCCAGAACGACGUCGCCCUCCUCCUCUACGGCCUGCACCAGCAGGCCACGGUUGGGCCAUGCAAUGUGCCCAAGCCAAGAGCAUGGAACCCCGUGGAGCAGAGCAAAUGGACGAGCUGGCAUGGGCUUGGAAGCAUGCCUUCAGCGGAGGCGAUGCGUCUUUUUGUCAAAAUUUUAGAGGAAGAAGAUCCUGGAUGGUACUCUAGGGUCCCUGAGUUCAACCCUGAGCCUGUUGUAGAUAUUCAGAUGCAUAAACCAAAAGACGAGCCACAGAGUGUACCGGCUUCAACAAAUGGAACAUCAAUUCCAGAACCAAAAAUCAUUUCUGAAAAUGGAAGUUCUGUGGAGACUCAGGACAAAGAUGUUAUUCUGGAAGGCCUUAGUACUGUUAGUUCUCAUGAUGAGUGGACUCCAUUAUCUGUCAGUGGUCUCCGUCCGAAGCCUCGUUAUGAGCAUGGAGCAACUGUGUUGCAAAAUAAGAUGUAUAUAUUUGGUGGAAACCAUAAUGGACGUUACCUUAGUGACCUUCAGGCUUUGGAUCUGAAGAGUUUGACCUGGUCCAAGGUUGAUGCCAAAUUGCAAGCAGAAUCUGCUGAUUCCACUAAAACCACACAAAUUGCUCCAUGUGCUGGUCAUUCUUUGAUUUCAUGGGGCAACAAGUUUUUAUCUAUUGCUGGGCAUACAAAAGACCCAUCUGAAGGCAUUACAGUGAAGGAAUUUGAUCCGCAUACUUGUACCUGGUCGGUUGUCAAGACUUACGGGAAACCACCGUUUUCUCGUGGAGGUCAAACAGUGACUCUUGUUGGAACAACUCUAGUUUUGUUUGGUGGUGAAGAUGCAAAACGGUGUCUCUUGAAUGACUUGCACAUCCUUGAUCUUGAAACCAUGACAUGGGAUGAUGUAGAUGCAAUAGGCACCCCUCCUUCUCCAAGGUCAGAUCAUGCUGCUGCUUGCCAUGCUGACCGCUAUCUUUUAAUUUUUGGUGGGGGGUCUCAUGCAACAUGUUUCAAUGACCUACAUGUCCUUGAUUUGCAGACGAUGGAAUGGUCAAGACCCAAACAACAAGGCCUGACUCCAAGCCCAAGAGCUGGCCAUGCAGGUGCAACUGUUGGUGAGAACUGGUACAUAGUUGGGGGUGGCAAUAAUAAAAGUGGUGUUUCUGAAACACUUGUGCUUAACAUGUCAACUCUGACAUGGUCAGUUGUUAGCACCGUGGAAGGACGUGUUCCCCUUGCCAGUGAGGGCAUGACUUUAGUGCAUAGCAAUUACAACGGUUAUGAUUAUCUCAUCUCUUUUGGAGGAUACAAUGGGCGAUACAGCAACGAGGUUUACACUCUUAAACUCAGCCUCAAAUCAGAUUCGCAAUCAACCAUAAAAGAAGAAACUGUCUCAGAUACUACAUCUAGGGUCAUAGAACCUGAGGCUGAAAUUUCUCAAGAUGGGAAGAUACGAGAGAUUGCCAUGGACAGUGCCGAUUCAGACCUGAAUAACAGAAAUGAUGAAGCAAGUGAACAGCUUUUAGCAGAUCUUAAAGCUCAGAAAGAGGAACUAGAAGCAACACUUAGCAGGGAACAGCUGCAAACUGUGCAAUUUAAAGAAGACAUUGCUCAAGCAGAGACCAGAAAUGCAGAGCUGACAAAGGAACUUCAAGCUGUCCGUGGUCAACUUGCUUCUGAGCAGUCAAGAUGUUUCAAACUUGAGGUUGAUGUUGCGGAACUUCGACAAAAGCUUCAGAGUAUGGAUGUGUUGGAAAAGGAGGUCGAGCUGCUUCGGCGACAGAAAGCCGCUUCAGAGCAAGCAGCACUGGACGCAGAGCAGAGGCAAAGUUCUGGUGGCAUGUGGGGUUGGCUCGCUGGAAGCCCACCGCCAGCAGUUUAG